AUGGGAGAAAAGGACAUGGAAAUGAAGACCCCCGACACCAUCUCCGAACAACAUCCGGGCCACGAUGUUGCUUCGGGUGAAGUGUGGUGCCUCCAGCUCGACAAGCCUUUCAGUCUCUGGAGCACAUUGGGGAUAUCUUUCUCCGUCACGUCCACGCCCUUGGCCGUCGGCACCUACCUCUCCGUUGUUAUCGGUGUAGGAGGCAGCCCUGUAUUUUUCUAUGGGUACAUUCUUGCAGUAUGUCUAGAUAUGUGCAUCUGUGCCUCCCUGGCAGAAAUGGCAGCGCAGUAUCCGCACUCUUCAGGGCAAAUUUAUUGGACCGCAAAGUUGGCUCCUCGUGGGCACGGGCGUGGCCUCAGUUACUUGGUCGGUUGGCUCACAGCGGCGGGCUACUUCUUCUGGACUUCUGCCGCACUCCUUAUCUCAUCGCAAUUGAUCUGGGCCCUCGUACAGAUAUGCCACCCCACCUUUAUCACGUUGCCAUGGCACUUUUACGUAGGGUACUUCGCUGUCGGCGUCUUUACCCUGUUCCCUAAUAUCCCCUUCUUCAAAUGGUACCCUCAAUUUCUCAAGGGGCUGGUGAUCUAUAUCAAUGCUGGUGCUCUUUUCGUCCUUAUCGUCCUCCUGGUCCGUGCGAAACCCAAGCAAAGCUCCGAUUAUGUUUUCAAAGCGUUUGUCAAUCAGACCGGUUGGUCGUCUAACGGCGUCGUCUUCUUCCUCGGUCUCCUUCCUGGACUCACGGCGGUCAACGGCUUUGACAGCGCGGCACACAUGGCCGAAGAACUCCCAAGGCCAGAACGUCAGGUUCCGCAGGUCAUGUUCAUCAGUGCCCUGGCGAGCGCUGCUAGUGGACUACCGAUGAUUCUGGUAUAUAUGUUCUGCAUCACAAAACCAGACAAUCUGCUCAAUCCUGUCGGCGGCCAACCGGUAAUCCAAUUAAUGGUCGACUCUCUCGAAUCCUUCCCUUUGACUAUAGUCGGUUCUUUAGUCUUCAUCACAUGCUUCCUCUGCGCUAGCGUCACAAUGAUGACGACCUUUAGCCGUAUCUGGUGGUCUCUCGCCCGCGACGGCGGCGUCCCUUUCUCUCCCUUCAUGGCCCGAAUCAGCGGUCGCUGGAAGGUACCGGUUAAUAGUGUCUGUUUUUCCGCUUUCGCCUGCAUCCUCAUCGGGCUGCUGAAGCUCGGCUCCGCGACGGCCCUUAACGCAAUCCUAGGGACCGCAGUCCUCUGCAUUUUCGCUUCGUACGGUAUUCCUAUUCUUUGCUCCCUGAUCGGGAAACGCACUGGCUUCUCUACCGCUCAUUAUUUUAAUCUGGGUCAUAUGUUCGAGGAACGUGCUACCGAUUCGGGACUUCGUGUUCGAGUGUUCACGCCAGAAGUAGCUACUCAGGACCCACUGCCAGUCGGUGUUUACUUCCACAGCGGAGGUUGGGCUUCUGGAAACAUCGAAGCGGAAGAGGCAACAUGCAUUCACGUUGCGGUUCAGGUCCCCUCCAUUAUAAUCGCGGUAGCCUACCGUCUUGCUCCUGAAUUCAAAGCCCCAGCUGCGCACAAUGAUGCUGUAGACGCACUCAUUUGGGCAUGGAAGAAUGUUUCUGGUCUGGGUGGAGACCGAACAAGACUAUUUACAAUAGGAGGUUCUGCAGGAGGAAACUUGGCUAUUUCCGUCGUGUUGAAAACCCUCGAUCAAGAGAUAAAUGUCACUGGCAUCGUUGCAAUCGUACCCGUCACCGUGCAUCCAGACGGUGUGCCUUCAAAGCACAGAUCUGCGUACAAAUCCUACGCAGAAUCCGUAGCGACACCAGUUAUUAACAGGACUUCCAUGGAUAUAUUCUUUGAAAAUUAUGGUGCAGCGCCAACAGAUCCAUCUAUUUUUCUAUUGUGCAAUCCAAGAAUCGGAGAACUACCGCCUACGUAUCUUGUUUCAUGUACGGCGGACCCUCUAAGAGACGAUGCCAGGCUCUUCAAGCAGGAACUGGACAACCACAAGGUGCCGAAUAAGAUAACCGAAUAUGAAGGGAUGCCGCACUAUUUCUGGAUAUUUCCCCAGCUGAAGCAGCGUGCGCAAUUUUUGGAAGAUUUGGUCAAUGGUAUUUGGUUUAUACUUGGCCAAUAG